UAACUCUAGUCAAAUCAAACAUUCUUUGUUGUGAUGGUUUUAUUGAAUUUAAUUUUGUUGAGGAAGAAGAUUUAUUACAAGUAUUAAAUAAAGCUAUAGAAUUGAGGCAUUUAUUACUUAAAUCUGUUGAAUUAAAAUUAAAUAAUGAUGAAUAUGCUGAUUUUAAAGAUGUUUGUAAAAAUAUUGUUAAAUUUUCGAGAAUGCAAAAUUCGUUUAGCUUAAGAAGAAGAAUCGACCCUCCAAAACAUUUGCGUUAUGGAAUUUUUACUGCUAAUGGUGAAGAAUAUAUUAAAAAUAAAUUUUUGGAAGGAAAUGAGCAAUUAUUUAAUGAAUUUAAAUUUGGUUCUAUUGAGGAGGAAAUAGCAUUAGAAAAUGAAUUAAAUUUAAAUUUAAUUGAUGAAAAGAAAAUUAAAGGAAAAGAAUAUUUUUGUGAAAAAUGUCAAAAGAAAUUUUGGUUUGAAGAUAAUGUGCAAAUAUUAAAACAUAAAAAAGAACACUAA